GAUCUCACAACUCACAAGGAUAAAGUUUAUGAAAUUAAUUGGUGUCGCACAAUUUUGAUUGUUGACAAAACAAACUCUAUAAGAAUAUAAUUGCCCGCAAAGCUUCAGUUUUCACAAAGAGAUUUUUAUUGAAGAACAACGAUGUGGGCAUCAAUGUUCUCUUGCACCUCGCAGACCAUCCUCGUAAAGCCUCUGUCAAAUCGUACGCACUGUGCGUCUUUGAAACUGAGAGCAUCACUUUCUGAUUAUCCACUUGCAAGCAGAAUCAUGGUUAGAAAUUUGUCAUUUAGCACUCAUGAAAGUAGAUUGCAGAAGGAAUUCUCUAACUUCGGAGAAAUAGCAGAAGUGAAGCUUGUCAAGGAUGAAUUGACAAAAAAAUCCAAAGGCUAUGCAUUUAUUCAAUAUACCUCUCAAGAUGAUGCUUUGAUUGCGCUAGAGAAUAUGGAUCGCCAGUCUUUGGAUGGCCGGCUGAUUUACGUUGAUAUUGCAAAACCUGGGAAAGAAGCAUUUCGAGGAUACCCGAAAACCUCUGGACCCCCAAAGAAGCAGCAAGUUCCUGAGCAAGAUGAGGUGGCCGAUUGUUGGUACUGAUCAAUUUCCUCACUUUCUGUUUAAGAUCGUAUUUUUAUGUUAAAGAAUAGAAUAGAAAACUGGGCUUGCAAAUGACUGUGAAUCUGCAACUUACAAUUACUCGUGAAGGUUUUUUUUCAGUGCAAAGCAAUGAACGGUCGCCAAAUUGUAAAUGCCUGGGUUUGUAUACAUUUUGCUUCAUUUAUUGGAUCUUUUUUUCAUACUCUUA